AUGUCCUCUUCAAUCAACCUCCGCGACCCUGGACGUCCUAUCCGGGUUGGUGUUGUUUUCAUGAAUAGCGUCACGGAGCAUCUUGAUAUUGCUCCUUUCGGGUUCUUUUCCUGCAUCAGUCGCGGUUUCCUCAGGCAGGCGCCUCCGAAUCUUGUCUCUGGUGACUUGAUAUCACAAGCUCUGGACUUUGAACACCAUUGGGUCACUGAGGAUGGGAAGACUCCUGCUCGUCUGACGGGAAACUUGCAAGUGGUGCCCACAAACUCCUUUGCAGAUUGUCCACCACUCGAUAUUGUAGUCCUUGGAGCUUAUACAGCAGGCUACCAAGUCAGCGAAACAGAAAAGCAAUUUCUCCGAAAAGUCUACACUGAGUGUGCCGCACUCAUUUGCGUGUGUGCAGGAUUCCUGCCUGUACUCGCUGCAGGAAUAUUAGAGGGCAAGACUGUCACUGCACCCAUUCCCAUGCUCCCCAUGAUGCGGCAAACGGCUUCUGGAACCGAAUGGAUCAAGAAGAGAUGGGCUCAGGAUGGUAAAAUUUGGACUUCGGGUUCUUUGUUGAAUGGAAUGGAUAUGAUGGCAGCCUUUGGAAGACAUACCUGGGGUGGUAAAGGUACACUGGUUGAUCAUAUGAUUCAAGUUGGAUACUGGCCUGAGAGAGAUGUGAAUUACGCGGAUAUUACCCGGACUUCGAGGCUUUAG